UUGCCUACCAAAGGGCCUAACGGCUCUUACAAGGCACUCCUCACUCUCUCACUCACUCACACACAAAACGAGGACUCGACGUUCCUCCCGUUUGGGAUGAAUGGAUGGAUAGAUGCUGGCAGUUUGUCAAAAAAAAAAAAAGAUUUCACCACCUUUGCCCGACCGCUCCUUAGGAUGGGAAACCUAGUCUGCCUUGGAGAGUUUUUGACAUCAGUCGCGAAUCAAUCCCGCAUUCAUCAACACGGUAUCAAGAGCUAUUACAGUACAAUUUAAAAUAGUGCCAGUGAAGGUGAUGUUGUGGACCUACAGGGUGUGUGCUAUUGUGCAUAACAAUCCAAAAUGAAAAUCAGGUGGACAUUCGAAUGCACAGACCAUUAAAAACAGAGACCUUCAUUCCAUUCAAUAUCCGCGUCUCCAUACUCAUUGCAAUCCUACUCACCCCUCCUCCCUCCCCCUCUUUCAAAGUUCGGUAAGUCAAGAGUGAAACAGGAAAAUGGUUUCGAUGCCCAGAGGUAUGGGUGUCCUUCGGAAGCAGAGACCGCAUUAUGAUCUAGAAGAAGAGGACGACGCCAACAACAACAACAACAACAACAAUCACAUCAACAUCCACGAGGACGACGACGACCAAAAGAGACCUGAACCAGUCGAGACGUCCUCGGGCCAAAGGCGAAUAACGCAAUCCCGUCGUUCGCACCCAAGUAACACUUGGAGACGCACGGUCAUAUUGGUGAAUUUGGUUGUCGCCCUCAAUAUCCAGGGAAGCUUCGUGGAUUGCGGUCAGGUCAUUGGCAAUGGCCGCAAUGGAAGCCACCGAAGGGGCAACAGCAUUUCGGAUGGGAGCAGCAGUAGUAACAGCGAUUCCGGGGUGUACCGAAUCAACACCGAUCUGACGGCCCCGCCCUUCGAAAAUGAGUCGAGUUUGUGCCCCAUCGCCUUCCACGAAAUCGGCGGGAAAUGCUACUUCUACGGCUACUUCAAGCUCAAUUGGUUCCGAGCAAUGGAGUUCUGCCACUCCUUUGGACAGUCUGUCUCUUUGGCAUGCAUCGAAAACACCGAGGAGAACGACAGUCUCAAGCAAUGGCUUGAGAAACACGGAGAUCAUACAACUGGCGUGUGGGUCGGUGGAUCGGACAAUGGCCACCCUGGAAAGUGGGCGUGGUUUCCUACUGGUCAAUUGAUUCGUCAAUUCAACUGGGGACCCUCGCAGCCCUCAGGCGAUGACCAACACUGCAUGUACAUUGUGGGCGGUUUCAUGGGCUACCAGUGGGCGGACUUCCAUUGUUCCUUCGAAAUGACAUUCUUGUGCGAGUACGAAGUGAAUCCUCAAAUGGCUUGGCGGAAACGCCGGAUGAAUGAUGACAAAGCCUUCGGAAAGAAUCAUCAACCUCGCACCAAUGACUCUCAGGCCUCGGAUUAUCUCAGCGAGUUAUCGGAACACAUCAAGGAAUUCCAGAAGCAAGCCCAAGAAGAGCAAGAAUUCAGUACGUUUCCCAAUCUGAGGGCCAGCGAUCUGGUUACCACGGUCAAAGCCGUGGAUACAACGGAAACGGAAAAGUUCCCGGUCUAUAUAACACCACUAUCAAGAUUGGCCAAUUUGUUGGUGACUUCUCGGACGCCCCUGGAUCGCCUCAGGACCAAAGUGACACCUCCGGUGCCGGUGAUGGUGUCCUCGGGGCCAAUUAUUCAUCAUGAGAAUAGUGUUGUCAUAUCCCCACCCAAUGCACUUACCAACCACCACCUACCAUCGCACACUACAAUCACUACCACAACCACAACUUGGCGCCCAAAAUUGCCCACAUUGAGCAACAACGUGUUUUCUUUCAAGGACAAAACGCGAUAUCCUGCAGUGCAACAAAACGGUCCACUCGAUCUUCAAGACAAGCAAAAGGCUUGGAAGAUCUACGACUUGAUUAAACAAAAGAUAUUGUCGGGAUGAGCAUCCGUGGCAUCCAGUUUCGUUGUGACACAAUGCUCUCAAAUGGCAACACUGAUUAACUAGAAAAUCAGUGUCGUCAAAAAAAACACCUACCGUAAUAGUACAAGUUGUCACAAAUAAUUGAAGCCAUGCCUACCUGAGCGUGGAGUUGCUUGGGAAACAUUUGAAUGAUUUCUUUGACGCAUUUGGGAUUGGAAGAUUUCGACGCGGUUUGAACGGGCAAUUCUUGCUCCAAAGUGCCCGUGAUAUUCACAUCCGCUCCUGUUCAAAUGAAUCAUUUUUAUGCCUUUUCAUAUAUAUAUCAGCGUGCCUGAAAUUGUUUUCUUUGACAGUAUUACCAGCACAAAGCAAGGCCUGGACGCAAUCCGGUUUGUCAUUCUUGCAAGCGAUGUGAAGAGGCGUGUCCCCUUCUUGAUUACAUUCAUUCAAUAACGAAUUAGGCUCGUGGCUGAGGGCCUAAAAAGUAACUUAUUGUGCUAAAUGUAUAGGACUCGUGAUCCUCUAGUCUGUAUGUAGAUAACUAGUUCAAGAA